AUGGGAGGAUCAGUAGUGCUAAUUCUUUGUCUACUCUUCUUCUUCUUCCAGCAUCAUCAUCAUUGCUGUUGCAGCAACUCAUUAGACACCAUAACCUUGAACAACCCAUUAAAGGACAACAACAACAACAGCAGCUUCAUCGUCUCCAGCGGUGGGAUCUUUGUUCUUGGAUUCUUCAGCCCCGGCAACUCCACUAACCGAUACAUCGGAAUUUGGUAUUCAUUCUCUAAUCAAACCGUUGUCUGGGUUGCCAACAGAGACAACCCUGUUCCUGAUUCCUCCGGUGUUCUCUCCUUUGACGCAAAAGGAAACCUUAUAAUCCUCUCCUCCUCCUCCGGUGGUUCUAACGUCCCUGUUUGGUCGACCAAUGUCUCAGGAUCAUCAGGGAAUCAGUUUUCCGGUCAACUGUUGGAUACCGGGAACUUGAAAUUAAUCCACGAUGAUGCCGUAGUAUGGCAGAGUUUCGAUUAUCCAACCAAUACUUGGCUUCCACUUAUGAAACUGGGUCUGGACAGAAAGACUGGUCUAAAUCGGUUCCUUACUUCAUGGAAAUCUGAAGAUGAUCCCGGAACAGGGGAUUUCUCAUACCAAAUGGAUAUAACCGAGUUACCCGAGUUAGUCUUUCAACAGGGAACCACUGAGAAAAGGAUGUGGAGAACCGGACCAUGGAUCGGAAAUGGUUGGGUGGGAACACCCAAUUCUGUACCAAACGCGUUUAUUUUUACAGCCACUUUCUUGAACAACGAAGAUGAGGUUACUGUGAAUUAUAGCAUGUUGAACGUUUCCAUCUUCACAAGGCUCGUGGCGAAUGAAACCGGUAUUCUUCAAAGACCAACGUGGAAGGAUUCAGAUCAGCAAUGGUACCCGUUUUGGACAUCUCAAAAGGAUCAAUGUGACCAGUACAAUCUCUGUGGUCCUAAUGGAAUCUGUGACCCGCAAAUUACUUGUUGUAGUUUUAAGUGCAAGUGCUUAACUGGGUUUGAGCCCAAAUCUACAAUUGAUUGGGACACAGUAAGGGAUGGUUCGGGUGGGUGCGUGAGAAAGAAAGAUCGCCCGGUUUGUGGGAAAGGAGAUGGGUUUAUUAAGAUGGAGCAAGUUAAGUCACCUGAUACCAGAGUGGCUCGAUUGAACCGGACGAUGGGUGUAGAAGCAUGCAGAGAAGAAUGCCUCAAUAAUUGCACAUGCACUGCUUAUGCAAGUGCAGGAGAUCCCAAUCAGUGUAUAACUUGGCAUGGAGAUUUGCUCGAUAUGAGACUAGUUGAAGGUGGAGGCCAGGACCUGUUCUUCCGUGUCGAUCCCAUCGAAUUUGCUGAAUAUUUGAAGUCACAAAGGUCGCAUAAAACCAGAAGUUCUAAAAUGGUAUACAUAAUUGUGGCCACUACCUCUACAGGAUUAGCCAUCGGGGUCACAAUUAUGGUCUGCUGGUUCAUUAUGGUUAAAAAGAGAAAAGAGAGAAAGAUAAAGGAACGACACAUACUGCUUACUCCAGCUGAUAGUUCAUCGCUUGAACCUUCCACAACAGGAAAGCCAUUCGAGGGUUUCCCAUUUUUCGAACUUAGUACAAUUGUUGCAGCCACAAACAAUUUUUCCAUCUCCAACAAACUCGGAGAAGGUGGAUUUGGCACGGUUUAUAAGGGAUGUUUAAAGGAUGGAAUGGAGAUUGCUGCGAAAAGAUUAGCGAAAAGUUCUGAUCAAGGAGUGGAGGAAUUCAAGAAUGAAGUUUCUUUAAUUGCCAAACUUCAACAUAAGAAUUUGGUGAGGUUAUUAGGAUGUUGUGUUGAACAAGAUGAGAAAGUUCUUAUAUAUGAAUAUUUACCAAAUAAAGGAUUGGAUUUGUUCAUUUUCGACGAAGAGAAGGGUUUUCAACUCAAUUGGGAGAAUCGAUUUAAUAUCAUUUUGGGAAUUGCAAAGGGCAUGAUAUAUCUUCACCAAGACUCUCGAUUAAGGAUAAUUCACAGGGACCUGAAAGCAAGCAAUGUUUUGCUAGACGCCGACUUAAAUCCUAAAAUUUCGGAUUUUGGAAUGGCAAGAAUUUUCGGAGGUGACCAAAUGGAAGUGAAUACAAAGAGGAUAGUCGGAACUUUGGGUUAUAUGUCUCCAGAAUAUGCUAUGGGAGGACUAUACUCAAUAAAAUCUGAUGUCUUUAGUUUCGGUGUCUUAUUACUCGAAGUUAUAUGCGGGAGAAAAAAUAACAGCUAUUAUAAAGAAAACACAAUUAAUUUAAUUGGACAUGUAUGCGAUUCUACAAUAAGUUCGUAAUUACAAUUUAUAAUC